AUGCAAAUAAGGUUAUAUGUAUUGCGAAUAUUAUUGGUUCUAUGUGUUUUCCAAAGAGAAGAAUGCGUUGCAACCAAAUGUUAUCAAUGUAACAGUAAAAAGGAUGAAGAUUGUUCCAUUAAUAAAGUACAUUAUAAAUAUUUAAAAUUGUGUCCAUCGGGUCAUUUUUAUUGUCGUAAAGCUGUUUACAUGUAUUAUUUUAUGGGUUCAUAUAAUAGUAUAAUAAUGCGUGAAUGCGCAAAAUUACGAAAUAACCAAAAGGAAUGUUAUCAAGGACGCUACACUCGAGAUAGUUAUCAACUUAUCUGUGAAUGUAUGGGUUAUGGCUGCAAUUCCUCUCAACAAUGCUCAUCCAACCUCGUGAUCUACUUUCUAUACGGAGUCAUUGGCGUCACGUUGACGCCAACAACGACUUGUGUUGGCGCCACGACGCCGGGCGUCUCCCUCUUCCAUGCUUUCCCCUAA